UUUUAAUAAAUAAUAUUUACUUGGAGAGAUAUGGAAGACCUACUUGGCAUUCUUGAGGACACACCUGAUAAUCCUGUCAUUAGCACACAGAAAUUUGAGCAUCUUCAGUACUCUGAGGAUCUUUGGGACUCUUUAGAAAGUAUUUCUGCUCAUAACAAGAAAAUGGCGAAAAAUUCUAAACUAUUGACCGAGUUUAUGAGAGGCAUUACGAAAAAUGCAGAGAUUUUUAUCUCAGCAAUACACAAGCUUACUGAUGCUUUCGAGAAGGACAUUAAAGCUGAAUCGAACAUAAGCGACACUACCUAUGUCUGCAUGACAGGACUUCCGGGUAGAAUCAGGACUAUGACAGAGUUUUUCGAUUGAUAUUUAAACAUCGCUGUUAACAAAUGAAUUGACCCAAUAGACGAAUUUAUGAAAACUUAUACAGUCAAAACAGCUAGCUAUCUCCAAGAAGCUCAUAAAUUCAUGUAUGAGAUGAGAACAUCAGAUGGCAACGUUAAACGGACUCAGAAUAAAUACUACAAGAUGUGUAAAAAGAGAGAGGUUUAUGAUCUCGAUAUUGAGAAGGCUAUCCAGGAUCAUGAGAAAGGGGCAAUCACCUUUGCACAAGUCCAGAGACGCUCCAAUCAAACCUUUGACAUCAAGAAGCAGACCGAGCUUAGCUACCAUGAGUAUAUUGGAGAACUCGAAGAUUUUAAUAAAUUGGUCGAUGAUUCACAAGUGCUGUAUAAGGAUUGGUUGAAUAAACUCCAAGACCAAGAUGAACAGAGAAUUGAUGCUACUAAAACUUGCCUCAAGAAGUUCUUUAACACCUUCGCAGACCUUGGAGAGCUCGUUAGUGAAAAGAUCUCUGAAUCUAUUAGCUCUGUUGACCUAAUGAACCCGCAGACUGAUACCAGAGUUUUUAUCGAUGAGAAUAGGUCUAAAGAUGAAUUUUACAAGAAGAAAGAGUUUGUCUCAUUUGACUAUUCGAAGAAAAUCAUUAAGAACAGACAAGAAAGGUUAAACAGCAGGGAAUCGCUGGAAGAUUUUGUUGAUGUAGGCAGAAGUCAGUCGCUCGAUACUAAUCCUUCAAGGAAUUCACUCGGAAUUUCCUCCAGCAAAACAUUUGAUGGAACUUCGAAACAAGAGGAACAUGAUUUAUUGGGGCUUGGUAGCAUUGAGGAUACCACAGAGGAAAGAAAAGAGACAGAGAGCUUUAACUCAAACAAAGGUUUUGUCAAGCAUGCUAUAGAAGGUCUCUUCAAAGGCAAAGCCCUUACUAAAGAAGACCAGCUUAAAGUGUUUGAGCUUAUCCACGAAGAUUAUAUUGAUACUGUAUUGUCAAACCAUUUGAACUCGAUAAAGACACCUCGAAGACUUGAAAGUGUAGAAAUUCUAAAGUCUCUAGCAGAGAUUAUAAAAUAUCUUAUCACAGUAUCAAUUCAUGACAAGCAUAAUGACUUUAACAUAGUUAUUUCAGUUUUGAGCUGCUCACAGAAUGUCUAUGCGAUUGACCAAAAGUCAAUGAGGAAAAUCUUGCUCACACAUUUAAUUCGAAACCAUGGAAUCUGGCAAGACAUAUCCAAGUGGAUCCUUUGGAUUUACAAGGUCAUCGAAGACAAGAGACAGGAAUACAACGAGCGUAGAAAGAGCAUAACUAACUAUACCAGUGGCGAAGAACCAGCCAAAAAGGUUGGAUCCCGUCUCAUGGGUGGCAUCAAAGGAUUUGGACGAUUCAUGCUUGGCAAGGGAAAUAACGAUGAUGAUAUGAAAAAUGACGUAAUUACGAAGAAUCUGAUUUUUAAUGUUCUUAGUCAGUUUGUCUACCACUUUGCUAAUUUUGGAGUGUCACUAGAAGGUGGUAAAUAAAUUGGUACUUUAUUUUUGUGAGAAAUACUCAAUCAACAAGACUCAAGUCCAUACUGUAUUAACCGAACUCGAAGCUGUCUCAAGAAGAGGAGGAAACAUUCUGACAGAUAAGGAAAAAAUGAUGAUUCCGAUGUUGAAAAGAAAUGAAAGGCUGAAACUAUACGGGCAUGACAACAACACAAUGGUUCUUGGCCUAGUAAUUCCCUACAUUAGUGAUGAUAUAACUUGUAUUAAUAUUCUGAAGUCUUGUAGAGUGUUUUAUGAAGUCUUGAAGGACGAAAUCUACAAACAUUGACUUCUCCAAACAGAUAAGAAGACUCUUACCUAUACAAAAAGAUAUGCAAUAUGGUCGCAUUUCCUGAAAAUUAAGGAUAAUUUGAUUGAAUAUGAAGCAAUGAGAGCCAAAAUUGAUCAAAAUCCUGAGCUCAUAGAAUCUGUGAAUGAAGUCAUCGCAAUGGAUGUGCAUAGGUCCUAUACUAACAUCAAAAAGCUUGAUCAAGCUUCUUUAAAGAAUAUUCUGAGGACAUAUGCAUUCUAUAACUCUGAGAUAAAAUACUGUCAAGGGAUGAAUUUCCUAGCAGGUUUCUUACUCAUGUUUUUCAAAGACGAGUCAAUCACCUUUAAAGCUUUCAGUGGCCUUAUUGAGAUAAACAAUAUGGGAGAGCUAUUCAAAGAUGAUCUCCCUCUGCUCAAGCAGUAUUUCUAUAAAUUAGACAGACUUAUAAGCAUGUAUCUCCCAGAUUUAUACAGUCAUUUCAAAGAUGAGACUGUCCAAGCUAGCUUAUUUGGAGCAAGUUGGUUCAUAACUCUUUUUGCAAACACAAUCCAAUUCCAAAAAUCCGAAUGUAUAAACGAAGCCUUACUCAAACUAUGGGACUACUUCAUUGUAUUUGGGAACAAAGGAGUAUUCAGGGCGUCUAUAUUCUUGCUAAAGGCGUUUGAGCCGAUCUUCUACCAGUUAAGCUUUGAACAAAUCCUUGCCUUCAUCCCUCAAACACCACGAUUCAUCUUCACUCCUAACGAAGAGGACGAGGAUCUCUCAAAUGAAGAGAUGAUCAGGAACUUGCUAGCGACAUCAGUACAAAAUGACGAUGACAAGAUUACUCAGAAGAUCAUCGAGAUCCGGAAAGAGCUUGAUGCUACUAACAAUCUGCACCAGUACCUCAUGGAGAAUAACAUUCCUAGCUUUAUUUUGGAGAAAAUAGACAUGGAGUACUACGAGAGUGAGAAAGAUAGUCAUGCCUUGUAGGCACCUCUGGUAAAGAACUGGGAAAAAAGUCAUUCAAUCUG